AUGAACUGUUUAUAUAUUGCUUUAUCUUUGGCUCAGACUCGGAAUGACGCUUUGCUCGGCUCAUUUCGUGAUUAUUCGUAACACCUCCCCCUCCCGACUGCGAGGGCAUCUUUGUUGUCGGGGUAACAAGAAGAGACGCUGCUUCUCUCGACUAAUACAGAGAGAAAGAGAUACCAGGACCAGCUACUUCCCCCUGACACUAUCACAGACACAGUUCGAACUAUAGGAAAAACAGGUACACCCAGGCGUACCCCACUGUGAUUAUGGCGGUGUAUUUCGAUCACCGUAUUGAGUCUUCUGAUUCCGCUGGCUCUCCCAGUCAGAUUACCUGGCACUCUUCCCAACCUGUGCUGGCGGUAGCGUCCAUCAGUCCAUCCACAGGUGGCAGCGUUGAUCUCUACCUCCAGCAGGGUGAACAUGUUGGUAAUUCCCAUGUGGAGCGUCCGUUCCAGCCCAAGGUGCUCCGCUGGCACCCCAGCAAGCAGGUCCUGGCAGUGGGCUGGGAGACCGGUGAGGUGCUGCUGCUGAACCAGCCGGAUGGAGAGCAGACCUCCCUGCCAGCCACCCACAGUGCUGACAUCUCCCUGCUGGAGUGGAGCAGCAACGGCAGUCGUCUUCUCACCGGGGACAGGCUGGGAGUCCUGGCAGUGUGGAAAGCUGAUCCUCGAGGCCGGCUGCAGGGAGCUCCACUUCUAAGACAUGACUACGGAAUGCACUUGACUCACUGUGUGUUUAGACCUGCACAGCCUGGAGAUGACCUAGUGCAGCUGGCUCGCGCUGCGGUGAGCGGGGAUGAGAACGCUCUGGACAUGUUCAACUGGAGGAAGGCUGGGAAGGGAGGGCCGCUCAAGCUGGGACCCCAGGAGGGCAUGACCUUCUUCAUCAGCACUGCAGAUGGCAGUGUGCACUAUGUGGAUGAGAAAGGGAAGAGCUCCCAGGUGCUGCUUGCUGACAGUCCUGUUCAGAAGCUUUUGUACCUGCAGGGGCGGGAGGUGCUGGUAGUGAUCACAGAGACCCUGCUGCUGUCCCAGUACAGUGUAGGGCCAGGAGGGGCCACACAGGAACUUGUCAAGGUGAAGCUGAGUGGGAAGAGUGGCCAGAGCGCUGACAUCGCCUGGGGAGAGAAGGGGCUGUUGAUCACCGCCACAGGGGAGAAAGUGGUCAGACUUUGGGACCUGGAGAGAGACGAUAACUAUGUGCUGUCUCUGGAUGAACACCUGGGCUUUGAGACGGGGGAGACUUUAAACUGUAUCUCCUACUGCAGUGCUAAAGGUAUCCUAGCAGCAGGGACUAGCCGGGGACGAAUCGCAAUGUGGCGGAAGGUGGCUGUGUCCAAUCAGAAGAUGGAAGGGAGGGGCCAGUGGAAACUGCAGACUCCUGCAGAGUUGGAAGGGACCAUCAUUCAGCUUCAGUGGGGCUCCAGUAUGAACCUGUUGGCUGUGAUCACCGCCAGCACAGUGCUGAUCCUCUGCGAACACGUCAUGUCUUCCCACUUCAGCCAACAGGUGGCAGCAGUGCAGCUCAACCCCAACCAGCUGUGCCUGAGCUACUUCAGCACAGGAAUCCAGCACAGCCUGCGCACUGACAUGCACAUCAAGGGAGUCUGUGUCACCAAGGACACAGUUACCGUGUGGAAUGGGAAGCAGGUCACUGUGUUUGAGCCGUCUGGAGCAAUACUACGCAACACAGGCUCGUUCCCCUGUGAGUCACAGGCUGUUGCUGUGCAUGAAGAGAAUAUAUACACUGUGGAGCCCAACAGGGUGCAGGUCCGCACCUUGCAGGGCACAGUGAAGCAGCUGCUGGUGUUCCCAGAGGUGGAGGGCACCCCCCAGCUCCUAAGCGUCUGCAAUACCUUCCUGGUGGUGGGGACCGACGCUGCACACAUCAAGGUGUUUGACCUCUCCCGCAGGGAAGCGAAACCCCACUGCAAUGCCAAGAGUCUGGCGGAGCUCAUUCCCAACCUGGGGGCCAUCGCCUCUGUGAAGUGCAAUGCCAACGGCAGCCAAGUCAGCGUGCUCGUCACACGGACUGAUGGUACUAUUGACUCCAAGGUUUACUUCUAUGAUGUGGAGAUGGACACACUCACUCACUUUGACUUCUUUACUGGCCGAUCCAGUGAGGGCUUCCAAGGAGAGGAGCCAGAGAGGGGGCGCUUGGAGACCAGCGAGCUGUGUGGCCGCUGUCCGGUCAGUCAGUUCUGGGAUGAGAGUGAGCCGCGGCUGUUUGUGUGUGAGACAGUGCUGACCAUACCAGCCUCACCCCACACACAUACCACUGACUGCACAGAUCAGGCAGAUGUGCUUGUAGUUUCCUUCUUCAGCACCCAGGAACAUAGACUGCUUCUCCAGGACUCGUACCCACGGCCAGCCGGCAUGCAGGCCCUGCUUGCCCUCCACGUUCCCUACUACUAUUUCACCCGCAAGCUGAUGUUUCGGAGAGGCUGUCUCUUUCAGCCUGUGCCUGGGGAAGGGCAGGUGGAAAGUGAAGGUACCCCGGGACCUUCCUCUGUCCCCCAGAUGGUGUCUCGCCGGGCACUGAGGGACUUUGUGGGGCUGGAGGACUGCGACAAGCCCACCCGUGACGCCAUGCUCAACUUCAGCUUCUACCUGACCAUCGGAGACAUGGACGAGGCCUUCAAAUCCAUCAAGCUCAUCAAGAGUGAGGCGGUGUGGGAGAACAUGGCACGCAUGUGUGUAAAGACAAGGCGGCUGGACGUGGCGCGAGUCUGCCUGGGGAACAUGGGACACGCACGGGGAGCCCGGGCACUGAGAGAGGCUGAGGCAGAGCCAGAACUGGAUGCCAGGGUCGCUGUCCUCGCCACGCAGCUCGGGAUGCUGGAGGAUGCAGAGCGGCUCUACAAGAGCUGCCGGCGCUAUGAUCUCCUCAACAAGUUCUAUCAGGCCUCGGGACAGUGGCAGAAAGCCGUGGAGACAGCCGACAGUCAGGACCGCGUCCACCUGCGCACCACCUACUACAGCUAUGCCAAGCACCUGGAGGCCAUGGGAGACCGCGACAUGGCACUGGUGCACUACGAAAAAUCGGACACCAACAGGUUUGAGGUUCCCAGGAUGCUCCUGGAUGAUCUACAGGCUCUGGAGAUUUAUGUUAACAAGAUGAAGGACAAGAGCCUGUAUAAGUGGUGGGCUCAGUACCUGGAGAGCCAGUCAGAUAUGGAGUCGGCACUGAGGUAUUAUGAAUGUGCCCAGGAUUACCUGUCUCUGGUCCGAGUUCACUGCUACCUCGGCAAUAUUCAGAAGGCAGCAGAGAUUGCAAAUGAAACUGGUAACCGUGCAGCAUCCUAUCACCUGGCGCGGCAGUACGAGAGCCAGGAUGAGAUCAAGCAGUCUGUGCACUUCUACACACGAGCACAGGCCUACAACAACGCCAUCCGCCUGUGCAAGGAAAAUGGACUGGAUGACCAGCUGAUGAACCUGGCUCUACUCAGCAAUCCAGAGGACAUGAUGGAGGCAGCCUGUUAUUAUGAGGAGAAGGGAGUCCACAUGGACAGGGCAGUGAUGCUGUAUCACAAGGCUGGACAUUUCUCCAAGGCUCUGGAGCUGGCCUUCGCGACACAGCAGUUUGGAGCCCUGCAGCUGAUUGCAGAGGACCUGGAUGAGAACUCAGACCCAGCGCUGCUCGCCCGCUGCUCAGACUUCUUCAUUGAGCACAGCCAGUACGAGAAGGCAGUGGAGCUCCUGGUGGCAGCCAAGAAGUACCACGAGGCCCUGCAGCUGUGUCUGGAUCAGAGCCUGACGAUCACGGAGGAGCUGGCAGAGAGGAUGACAGUGACUCAGGACUCAAAGGACCUGCCUGAGGAAGCACGCAGGGAGCUGCUGGAGCGCAUUGCAGACUGCUGCAUGAGGCAGGGCAACUACCACCUGGCCACCAAGAAAUACACACAGGCUUGCAACAAGCUCAAAGCAAUGAGGGCGCUCCUCAAGUCAGGAGACACAGACAAGAUUGUAUUCUUUGCUGGAGUUUCUCGGCAGAAGGAGAUUUACAUUAUGGCUGCCAAUUACCUGCAGUCUCUGGAUUGGCGCAAGAACCCCGAGAUCAUGAAGAACAUCAUCAGUUUCUACACCAAGGGCCGGGCUCUCGACCUCCUAGCAGGCUUCUACAAUGCAUGUGCACAGGUGGAGAUAGACGAGUACCAGAACUAUGAGAAGGCUCUGGGGGCACUGACAGAGGCUUACAAGUGCCUGAGCAAGGCUAAGGUUCGUAGCGCAGAGGAACAGGAGGGCAGGCUGGUCGAGCUGCAGCACAAACUCACCCUGGUGAAGAAGUUCGUCCAGGCACGCAGGCUGUAUGAGGAGGACCCUGGCGAGGCGGUGCGGCUGUGCGAAGCUCUGCUGCAGGAACCUGACCUUGACCCCGCCGUCCGCAUCGGAGAUGUAUACGGCUUCCUGGUGGAGCAUCACUGCCAGCAGGGCAGCUUCCAGGUGGCCUACCGCACUCUGGAGGAGAUGAGGAAGCGGCUGCCCUCCCUCAAUGUGAAUUACUACGUGAGCCAGCGCAGCCUGGAGGCCAUGCAGCGUGCUGUGGGGGUGCCCCUGAGCAGAGGAGGGGGCUUGGUUCGAGGGCACAGAGACAGUGAGGGGGAGGAGGAGGAGGAGGGGGAGAUGGUGGAGGAGGAAGCCGUGGAGACACACCUGGGAGAUUAAAUGGCACUGGCACCCUGUCUCAGCAGCACGGAUGUUUAGGGUGCACCAUACACCACAACAGCUUUAAAUACAAAGGGCCUCGGACAGUUUCUGAUUCAUGAAGUGCCUGUUUAUUAGAACAGAUAAACAGGCGCACAGUAUGAAGCAGUCCAAAGCAGCUAGCCUGGAUUACCUCCAUGAGCUGUGAUGUACCAGGCACUGGGAAAUCACACUGAAACAUAAAGUGCAGGCUAACAACAUGCAAGAGCUGAGUCAGAAACCAAAACCAUUAAAUACACAGCAGGUGUCCCCAAAAAACGAAAUGUAAAUUACGAUUUCAGUCUGGGAGGUACCGCAGUGUAGUACUUAUUCGAUUUGAUCCACGUCUUUUUAACAUUAUUAGAAAAGAUUUACAAACGCUAAACUUGACACAAAUACAAAUGUUAUACAGUGGAAAGACACCAAGAAUUAGACAACAAACCACCCUAGAAAGACCUGUAUCAAUGGCUUUACGUAUAAAUUUCUAUUCAGGAUCAGAAGGAAAAAUAAAAACUGCUCAGGGCUAUCAGUCCAAAAGCCCAACAAAAGAUAACCUAAAUUCUUGCCCUGAACUUGUACAAUUAAAACACAUAGGAAGUCCAUGCAUGCACCUAUCAUUAGGUAGCAUGUGCAGCAGAUUGUGUUUAGCAGAGUAGACUGGGUGCCUCUUUAUCAAGCUGACACACCAGCCACAAAUGUAACAGAUCUCAGGAAAAACAGGUUCCUACCACAGCUUCAGUAGUAACAGUACCAAAUCACUGCUGUAAAUAAACUGAUUCAAAGACUUAUUUAAAUCCCCUGUACAGAAGACUUUGUAUUUACAUUUUUAAAGGUUGAGAACCUUGUUACAUAUAGUUCUUUUUUAAAGAAUUUCAUAUUGUUAUAUAUUGAUAUCCAUGUACUUUUUUAUAUGAUCCCUCUAAUUUUAUGUUUAUUCAGCUGUUUUAAGACUUUAUAUUACCAUUUUUCAUAAAACUUCCAGAAAGAAAUUGAUUACUUUUAUAAAUGAAAUCUUGUAGAAAUGUUGACUAUUUUGAUACAAAAUAAAUAUUGUUGAAUUAUUAGUCUCUCUCCUUUUUCAACAGAACCCUUCUACCUUUUAAGAUAGGUCCUUAAUUAGCUUAACGAUUCAGGAGCCCAAACUAUGUUUUUAAUCAGGACCUUGAU